AUGGUCUCUAUGGACGGCAACAAGAUGCAAAGGCCUUCCCUAUCUUCUGAGGCGCGAGAUAGCACACUUUCUUCAAUCAUGAAAGCCGGAUUGAGUGAGAUCGAGCCAAUAACUGCAAGAGCAAUCCGAAAUCGUCAGCGUAGCUAUCCAAGGCAUAUCCAAGCACUCAAACCAUCUCGCACAGAGCUGAAACCAUUCCUAGUUGCCGAUACCGAGACUAUACUGAUCGAUAACGAACAUAAGCCUUAUGCAGUAGGUCUCUUGUUGGUUCGUCCUGGUAAAGAGAUCAAGAAUCGAUUGAUCGAUACUUACUUCAGCGAAGACCACUCUAUAAUCUUGGAUUCCUUUGAAGAAAGGAGUACUAAGGUUCUUUUUGACUUUAUCAAAAGGAUAUUAGCGAUUGUUAGAAAAGAAAAAUCAGCUUUCACUAUUUACUUUCACAAUUUAUCUAGAUUCGAUGGUAUUUUCUUGCUUAAGCACCUAGCAUGUCAUCAUAAGAGCUACAAGCUCAAACCACUGGUUAGGAACCAUAGGCUUUACGAGAUAGCUGUCUAUUCUGGUAAGAAGAAGUUAUUCUGCUUCAGAGACUCCUUGAAUCUUCUACCAGGCAAACUGAGCGACCUAGCUAAUAAUCUAUGCCCGGAUCUAGGCCAGAAAGGCUCAAUCCCAUAUGAUGAGGUGAAACUGUCAAAUCUGGUCAGUAUGAAAAAAAGCUUGUUAGACUAUAUGAAGCAGGACAUCCUUCUCCUUGGAGGUAGAAUGCAAAAAGCUCAAGAGAUUUAUUGGAAGCUGUAUAACGUGGACAUAGAAAGCAAGAUUACACUUUCCUCAUUGGCUCUAAGCAUCUAUCGUCUGAAAUACUACGACUCAAAGAAUUGGCCUAUCCACAUCCCAAAUAAGAAUGAAGACUCCUUUAUAAGGCGGGGAUACUAUGGUGGUCAUACAGAUACAUACAAGCCAUAUGGCGAGGACCUAUACUACUACGAUGUGAACUCUCUCUAUCCCUUUGUAAUGAAGGAAUUCCCAAUGCCUGGUGGUGAUCCAGUCUGGCAUGGAAAUCUGGUUGGCAAGGACUUAGAUGAUAGCUUGUUUGGCUUUAUUGAGGCAUAUGUGGUAUGUCCGAAGACUCUAAAGAGGCCAUUUCUACCCUAUCGAGACAAGAAUCAGACUCUUCUCUUUCCAACCGGGGAAUUUGUUGGAGUCUACUAUAGUGAGGAGUUAAAGUAUGCAAAAAGCUUAGGCUACACUGUGAUCCCAAUCUCAGGAUACCUCUAUGAGAGAAUGGAAAGCCCAUUCAAGGACUUUGUUAGCACACUCUUUGAGAGUAGGUUAGAGGCAAGGAAAGAAGGUAAUGAUGCCUUGGCCUUUGUGUACAAGAUCCUUAUGAAUUCGCUAUACGGUAGAUUUGGUAUUAACCCAAAAUGCACGGUCACCGAUGUCUGCGAUGAAAAUCGAUUCAAACAUUUGAUCAGGAAGAGUUAGUUAAUAUCCUUUUAUAUGCUUAGCGAGAACAACUACAUCGUUUCCUACCAUAGCAAUACCGAGACGGACUCAGAUUAUUGGAACCCACCGAAGAAUUCAGCUGUACAACUAGCAGCUGCGAUAACUGCCUCCGCUAGGAUCUAUAUGUUCCCCUAUAUCUCAAGAGAAGACAGCUACUACACAGACACUGACUCAGUUGUGCUUGGUCAGCCACUACCUGAAGAAGUUCUUUCUUCAUCUGUCUUAGGCAAGUUGAAGCUAGAGGAUAGAAUCAUAAAAGGAUACUUUUUAGCACCGAAAUGCUAUUCUUACAACACAAUAGAUGGAAAAGGUGUUAAGGGACCAGCUAAAAACCAGGUCUAUCCAGAAUGGUUUGAGGCACAGUACACUGACCCAGCUCGUACAGAACAGAGUCUGUUAUGUCAGGAUGAUAAUGGGUUUCGCCAUCCUCAUAGCCGGAAGCCAGAUCUACUCUCUCUGGUCAUUGCCUCAGUCAGCUUCGAGGCGAUCUGUCUAAUUCUAUGGGAGAAUUCUCUGAACAUCUGGAAAAACAUACUACUUACUGCUAGUAUUCUCAGGUCGGCCAAGAAAUGGACUCCAUCGGGUGUUUCUGUUUUCGAAUCACUUUCUGCUGCUCAGUCAGAAGAUGCUUUGGUAACCGAUGUAGCUUCAUCGGAUGAUGUUCUAGUAGAGUCUGAUACCGGGGAAUCCUCUUCCACAACUUAUUCUCCUGUUAAGGAUAUGAAGUUCUUGCUGCAACCUGAGAUGCAGUAUCAUGAACACUUUUUACUACUAACCCAUUGUCAAUGA